AUGCACCAGGCGCCAAAAUCGGCGGGACUCAUCGCUACCCCUCGAGACUCAAACCCACCGUCGAGCCCUUUGAACGCGCCGGCCGGCAAUUGCACCGCUUCCACCAAAUCGUCGUCGGACCGUCAAAGCCAUCGGCGACCGCUCGAUCGAGGCCUGUUUAUCGUCAAACGCAGCCACGGAUUCUCGAUCGCUCGGUCGGGAUGUUUCCCCCAAAGGCAACACUACGGGCACACGAGCGGCAGCAACGCCGACGCAGCUAUGCACCACCACGGCAGCUCGUUGCCGACCACCAUUAUACUCGUGAUUCUGCUAGUCUGGAGUUUGACACCCCUGCCGGCCUUGGCUCGGCAAAGCGCCCACCAGACCUGUCCUGGGUGUCCCCACCAGCAGCACGCGCACUUGCACCGCGGCGACAGCGGUGGCAGCGACGACAACGGCAACGCCGCAGGUCCCAAUGAUCGGGGCCCCAGUCCGGAUGUCCUCAGGCUGGAGGCCAUCAAGGUACAAAUACUGCACAAGCUCGGCCUGACCCGGCCGCCCAACGUCAACAAGACGUUGGCCUCGGUGCCGAAGCGCCUCGCCCUCGAGACGAUAUACAGGGCCGAGGCUCAGCCGCUACGGGACCCCACGCUCGACAGGGCGCACCACCACAGCGGCAACGCCAACAACAACUUGAACAGGAACGGGGCUAAUAAUUACGACGAGUUUGGCUAUCCGGUCUUCGAUGACGAGUACACGUAUCGACAUGUGGGUCAGACGGACGGCAGUGGACCGGGGAGUCGGGACGUGCCUCCUUAUCAGGACUACGAGGACAUGUACAAUAGACCGGAGCCGGAGGUGGUGGAUGAUUUUUACGCGAGAACUUCCGAAAUCAUAUCCUUCGCUGAACCCGGGCGAACGUUGAACGGCCAGCCACUAUUAGAGUUCCCGUUAUCCAGUAGCGAGCCGGCGAUGGAGCCCUUCAGCAUCAAGAAAGCGAUGCUCUGGGCCCGAGUCGAACUGAGGCACGCGCACCAUUACCAGCUUCACCGACAAAACUUGAAAAACCAGAGAAACAUCACCCUCUGGGUAUUCAGGGUGCGCUGCGGAAACGUGACGCAUUUGCGCGGAAAGGAGCUGAGCCAGCACCUGGAGCUAGUGACGUCGCUGGUGGUGAACAUCGGCCAGCUCGGUUGGCAAAAAUUCGACGUAACAAGGGUCGUAGCGAGCACGUACCAGUCGUUCAACAACCGUGACAAACUGACCCUCCUCGUCGAUUGCACAGGAUGCGGCUCCCACGUACACUUGUCCACCUUCGGCGGUCAUUCGCCCCACGUUAUAGAACCGUCUUUAAAUAGCAAAGGCACGCAGGAUCCAGACCGGCCCUUUUUGGUUGUAAGGACGGACCCCAAGCCCGUUAAGAGAGUCAGGAGAAGGGCGGUCGAGUGCACAGGCGCGGCGAGGGGCCAGUGCUGCAAGGAGAGAUUCUACGUGAACUUUGCCCAGCUCGGCUGGGACGACUGGAUUAUUGCGCCGGAAGGCUUCAAACAAGACGAUUAA